AAAUGCAGCAACAGGUGCACCUCUACCUAAGAAACAAAGGUUACAAAGAGAACAGGCAGCGGAGAGCACUGAUACUUGAACAGUGGAAAUUAUAAAAUACAAGCUCGAACUGCGGAUUGUCUUACAGCAAUAUUUCUUUGCUCGUGCUGUACUCAGUGUCUCCAUGUCAUCACCGUGCCUCAGCAGCAUCUUGACUCAUGCCAACCUUACCAUGUAUCAGACUGGUAUCCCUGAUGUCCUGCCACAGCAGCCCAUUGUGCUGCCCAGCAUCAACACCCUGCAGAUCAGCAAUUCAGCAUACAGCAGCGGCCAGUGGUACAGGCAUAUCAACCCUCACUACUGGACAGCAGAAAACGUUUUGGAGUGGAUCAGUGACCAUGUAGAGAGCACCAAGUUUGAUGCAAGCACCCUGAGUUUGGCCUACUGUGCCAUGGAUGGCCCCGCUAUCUGCCAGAUGAACCAGGAAGAAAUCAUCGUCAUCUUCGGACCGCAACUUGGCCUACACCUCCACCAGAGCCUGGAGGAACACAAGACCAAAUUUGAGCUGCAGAGCCUGUCAGGACCAGAACUGAAUGAGACCUGCCAGCUACUUGACAACUUCCUCGACAACUUAAACUUCCCUUUGCUCAGCACCAUUAGAUUUGGCCAAGCUGAAGGAGCUGUCAACAAGAGAGAGUUUGACUACAGGGAUGAUUAUAAUUUCACUAGUCUGACCAUGGAACCCAAGACACCUCUGGGGGACACUGAGUACCUGUCUGACAGCGAGUACAGCUCCUCCUCCAAAAGUGGCAUGUUUGACUCCUCAAGCCUCGACUCACAGGAGUCUGGCAGUGGCGAAUCAGACCCAGAGUUCUCCUACCCUCCUAUUUCAAAGGCACACAUCAAAACAGAAAAAGGAGCGUCUCGACUUAAGCGACCACGUGGGCGACCUCCCAAGGUCAGCAGAGAGCAUACCAGCAGCAUUUAUGACAAUCCCAAAAAAAACAAACACGCGCCCCGGGGUACUCACUUAUGGGAAUUCAUCAGGGACAUUUUGAUCCACCCUGAGAGGAACCAGGGCCUGAUGAAGUGGGAGGACCGUCGUGAGGGUGUCUUUAAGUUCCUCAAAUCCGAAGCUGUGGCUCAAAUGUGGGGCCAGAAGAAGAAGAACAGCAGCAUGACGUACGAAAAACUCAGCCGUGCCAUGAGAUAUUACUAUAAGAGGGAGAUCUUGGAGCGAGUCGAUGGCCGGAGGCUCGUUUACAAAUUUGGAAAGAACUCCAGCGGCUGGAAGAUUGAGGAGAUUGGCAUGGGCAUAUGAGGCAUCAGUCAAAAAAUGGGUGGAAACCAAAAAGACAAUCAGUGCAGUAGUUCAAGAACUAGAAUCAAUUGUGUGGCUUGUCAGUAAAAAAACAAAACUUUCUUCCCAUGAUGUUUAAGACACUAACUUCCUCUUAGAAGGAAGGUGUUGCAGAAAAUGUAAGCCAGUGUUUUUGGCUCUAGUAGGUUUUAUGAACCAAUAUUAAUGUUGUGUUUUCAUUCGUCACUGCAGAAACUAUUUGUGCAGUAACUAAAAUGGACAUCGUUUUGGAUGCUUGUGAAUUAAUGUAAGCACAUAGAGGCUGAAAAAGCAAACUUUUUACAGUUGCACAGAAUUAGCUGCUUUAACUUUUUUAGUGAUGCAGGACUACUUCAUCCUCAUCUGUCACGAUAGAGUUUGUUUGGGCAUAUGGGCAUUGAUGACUGUAUUGUGGUGUUGGAAAUGUUAUAUUCCUCUUUUUCUUACUUUCAUAUAUUGCUGUUGUUAUUCUAAAAGGGUGAAACUUUUAUCAGUUUUUCCACGUUCAUUUUAAAUCAGUUGUGGAGCGGGAAGUUGAGACAUAUUUGUGUUCUUCUGGUAAACUCUAUGUUAAGGACAAAAACCGAACAAAGAGAACAACGAUGAAAUAAUUAUUACUACUUCACAUUAAUACAGUAACAAUGUUCACUGCAUGCUGGUGCAUGUUAGUGUCACUUAUUUUAAAGUGUGUUUACACAAUGCAAAGAGUAAAAAGUAGUUUCUGAGUAACUAUCGGAGAUCUUAUAUAUGAUCUAUAACAAAAAGUUUGUAUUUAUUAGUCAUUAAAUCAGUUCCACACUGUUUUUG